AUGUGCGCGGCGGGGAGGCGGUGGGGCCGGCGGGAGCGAGCCGUGCUGUGGUGCGUGCUGGUGUCGGCGUGGGAGGCGGCGUGGGGGCAGCUGCGCUACUCGGUUGCCGAGGAGAUGCCGAAGGGCUCGUUCGUGGGCGACGUGGCCAAGGACCUGCGGCUGGACCUGCCGGCGCUCCGCGACAGCGGCGUCCGCGUUGUCUCCGAAGGCAGGACGCAGUACUUCGCUCUGCACGGGAAGACGGGACAUUUAGUGACGGCGGAGAGGCUAGACAGAGAGCAGCUGUGCGAGCUGGUGGCAGAAUGCGUGCUGCGCUGUGAGGUGAUAGUGGAGGGGGAAAUGCAGGUUUACGGCAUCGAAGUGGAAAUCACGGACAUUAACGACAACGCGCCCAGCUUCCGAGAGGCAGAAACGGAGGUGAGAAUGAGCGAGACGACAGCGCUGGGGUCGCGGUUUCCCCUGGAGGCUCACGACCCGGACGUGGGACCGAAUUCCCUGCAGAGGUACGAGCUGAGCGGCGACGAGCACUUCUCGCUGGCCGUGCAGGCGGGCCCCGGCGGGGCUCAGCGUCCCGAGCUGGUGCUGGCGAAGGCGCUGGACCGGGAGGAGGCGGCGUUUCACGAGCUGGUGCUGAGGGCGAGCGACGGCGGAGAGCCGGCGCGGACGGGCACGGCGCGGAUCCGCGUGGCGGUGCUGGACGCGAACGACAACGCGCCCGUGUUCAGCCAGGCGGAGUACACGGUGCGUGUGCCGGAGGACGUGCCCGUGGGCUCCGUCCUCGUCAGCGUCACGGCCGCCGACGCCGACGAGGGGCUGAACGGGCACGUGAAAUACUCCUUGAAGAAAGUCGACUGGCAUCGGAUUUUCCAGCUGGAGUCUGAGACGGGAGCGAUCACGCUGGUGCGGAGCCUGGACUUCGAGGGGCGACUCUACGAACUGGAGGUGCAGGGGACGGCGGGGCCUUUCGACACGGCGAAAGUCGCGAUCAGCGUGACAGACGUGAACGACAACGCGCCCCAGAUUUCGGUGCGGUCGGCGCUGGCUGCGAUCUCUGAGGACGCGCCGGGGACGGUGGUGGCCCUGCUGCACGUGCAGGACCGGGACUCGGGGGCGAACGGCGAGGUGCGGUGCAGCAUCGCCGAGCGCGUCCCGUUCCGGCUGGAGCGGUCGUUUGAGGACUACUACCGCGUGGUGACGGCGAGCGAGCUGGACCGGGAGGCGGUGGCGGAGUACAACGUGACGGUGCGGGCGGCGGACGGCGGGUCGCCGGCGCUGUGGAGCAGCGCGGUGCUGGCGCUGCGGGUGCUGGACGUGAACGACAACGCGCCGGUGUUCGCGGAGGCGCGCUACAGCGCCCGGCUGCCCGAGAACAACGCGGCGGGCGCGCUGGUGCUGACGGUGCGGGCGUCGGACGCGGACUGGGGGCAGAACGCGCGCGUGCGGUACCGGCUGUCGGAGGGGCGGGUGCGGGGCGCGCCGCUGUCGUCGUACGUGUCGGUGCAGGCGGAGACGGGCGCGCUGUACGCGCUGCGCUCCUUCGACUACGAGGAGGUGCGCGAGGUGGGGCUGUGGGUGCGGGCGGAGGACGGCGGCGCGCCGGCGCUGAGCAGCAACGUGUCGGUGCGGCUCGUGAUCGUGGACGAGAACGACAACGCGCCGCAGGUGCUGUACCCGCCGGCGGCGGCGGCGGCGGGCGUGGAGCUGGCGCCGCGCUCGGCGGAGCCCGGGGCGCUGGUGGCCAAGGUGGUGGCGGUGGACGCGGACGCGGGGCAGAACGCGUGGCUGUCGUACGAGCUGGCCAAGGCGACGGAGCCGGGGCUGUUCCGCGUGGGGCUGCACAGCGGCGAGGUGCGGACGGCGCGCUUCCCGCUGGCCCGCGACGCGGCGCGGCAGAGCCUGGUGGUGGUGGUGAAGGACCACGGGCGGCCGGCGCUGUCGGCCACGGCGACGCUGACGGUGGUGCUGGCCGAGAGCGUGGCCGAGCUGCUGUCGGAGCUGGGCAGCGCGGCGGCGGCGCCGGGCGAGGCGGCCGGCAGCCUGACGCGGUGGCUGGUGGUGGCCGUGGCGGCCGUGUCCUGCCUCUUCCUCGCCUUCCUGCUGCUGCUGCUGGCGCUGCGCCUGCGGCGCUGGCGCCGCUCGCAGCUGCUGGCGGCGGGCAGCGGCGCCUUGCGCGGCGUCCCGGCCUCGCACUUCGUGGGCAUCGACGGCGUCCGCGCCUUCCUGCACUCCUACUCGCACGAGGUGUCGCUCACCGCCGACUCGCGCAAGAGCCAGCUCCGCUUGUCGGGCGGCAGCUGCUGCGACACCCUCCCGGCCCGGCCGCCGCCCGACGAGCCCGCGCCGCUGCUCGGGGAGGACCCUGCCGGCGCCCGCCGCGCGGACCCCGCCGCUCCCCGGUGA